UAAUGGCGGCUGUCGCCAGUGCCUACGACAAGCUAGUGGGGGCAAAGUGCUGCAACGCAUACGCUUGCACACUGGGGGAAUAACAGAGUUAAACUAAAACAAUAAAAUGUGGAAAAUUAGUAGCAAACCGCAUAUAAAUCAAGUUAUGAUUUAUUUCCAAUAUACAUCAAAUGCAUGGCCUUUAGCGGGAACAUGCCCCUACCUGGUCGGCACGUCGCCGGGGUGCUACUAGCUAGUCGUCGAAGAAGAAGCGGGUAAAAAUUGGCGUCCUCAUUUCCGGUAAGCGUGAAACGACAGUAAUGAAUUUGGGAUCAAGAUUGACGCACUCAGGAAGACGUGCAGGAUGAAGGUGAAGGUGAAGAAAUGGAACGGGGUCGCGUCCUGGUUGUGGGUGGCUAAUGAUGAGAACUGUGGUAUCUGCAGACUGGCCUUUAAUGGCUGCUGUCCUGAAUGUAAGGUCCCUGGGGAUGACUGUCCACUGGUCUGGGGUCAGUGUUCCCACUGUUUUCACAUGCACUGCAUCUUGAAGUGGCUCAACUCUCAGCAGGUCCAGCAGCAGUGUCCCAUGUGCAGGCAGGAGUGGAAGUUUAAAGAAUGAACACACCUGAUUGUUGGUAUGAUUGUAAAUAAGCUUUUUUUUCAUACAUGUACUUGACACAACUGAAAUGAAGCGGACGUCUAAGGCAUUGGUGUAGUUCAUUUGAAAAAUAAGUUAUCCGAGCCAAAUAUGUGUUUGUACUGUACAGUAGAGGGCACUGCAGGCUGGGGUAAAUAAGCCAUUGGUCAACACAGGUGGUUGUCAGGUGUUGACCUGGCAAGUUUGGACUGAAUUUGGCAAAUUAUGGAGUUUUUUGACUUGCUGGAGCCAAAUAAAUUGUUGACGUUUCAUUAAAGAUGGCUCUUUG